UGAUUGGCUAUGGCGCGCUGCGAUCGGCGACGCGAGCAGGGCACUGACAACAGCCGCUGCUGUGCCGGAUCCCGGGAAGACAUGGAGCGCGGAGCAGAGGAUCAAUUCCAGGAGGCUUGGAGGGAGCUGGAUGAGCCGGUCCUGUCCGGGGGAUGGGAGCUCUUCACCGACACCAUGGGCGUUCAGAUCUACCGGCUCUAUGACCAGCAAACAGGCUUGUAUGAAUAUAAAGUCUACGGUGGUCUGGCUGACUGUCCUGCAGACCUGUGUGCAGAUGUCUACAUGGACCUGGACUACAGAAAGCAAUGGGACACAAAUGUGAAAGCUCUUCAAGAAGAGGAAUCUGGAGAAGACAAAGUGAUCUAUUGGGAAGUAAAAUAUCCGUUCCCUUUAUCUAAUCGGGAUUAUGUUUAUGUCCGGGAAAGGCAAGAGCUAGACAUCGGUGAGAGGAAGAUCUUUGUAAUCCUAGCAAAAAGUGUAUCUGCUCCCCGUUGGCCAGAGAAGUCCGGCAUUAUUAGAGUCAAUGGUUACAAGCAAAGCCUUGCUAUAGAGAGCGAUGGAAAAAAUGGCUGCAAAAUUUUUAUGUAUUUUGACAAUCCUGGUGGAAUGAUCCCUUUAUGGCUUAUUAACUGGGCAGCCAAGAGUGGAGUUCCAAACUUCUUGAAGGACAUGCAGAAGGCCUGUAAAGGAUAUAAACAUCAUAAUAAUUCAUAAGUGAACCGGUGCUUUGCCUGCAUAGAGCAAAGGCUCACCUAAUGGCCUGACCUGGACCAUCUCCCCUCCACCCCCUUUUUACCCCCAAACAAAAUCCACAUACAUUACUGGAAAUUUGUUUGAUUAAGAAAAAAUGUCAUCCUGAUCUUUCAAAUUUUCUCUUCACUGUGACUGAAAGCAAAAUCAAUAGCACAUUCUUAAAACAAAAAAAUGUGAAUUAAUUUCUUGUAGUGUAUGGAUAGCUUUAGUCAAUGAGUGAGUUUACUCGAGGACUCUCUUCCUGCCACCCAUGUGACAGCACUUGGGUAUGACAAUUGUCUGGUCAGGCAUCCAGUAUAUGAUGUGUGGACCACCUGGACAGGUGAACCAACAAAUAGGAUGUUGGUGGAUAUCAAAACGACGAAUGAGAUGGAAGUCUAUCUCGGUGAUCUUAUUCCGCAAGGGUAGGCAUUGGUUGAAGUCUUGGGGCUGCUACUUGUCUGAUAUAACAGGCAUAAUUUCAGAAGGAGUACCUUGAGUGGGUAUUAAAGAGUGCCCGGUAACAGUAGAUCCUCUAUCGAUAGUUUAACUUAGAAUUUUAUUGAAGAUGACAAAAGACUUACAGCUGAGGCCAACGCAUUUCAAGCGCACAUCCUCCCCCUUCUUCAGGGCUUGUCAGCAAAUGAAUAAACAUUAAAUAUCAGAUACAUAUGGAAACAGUGAUCUGUAGAAAACAUCUGUAUGGAUACAUCUAAAUUAGGGCUGGGGAUAUUAAAGAUUAAUUCCUUGAUUAAUCUUUAAUUUUUAUGAU